AUAAAAACAGUCUACUCGGUCCCCAUCAUACAGCCGCAAAAUAAGACUUUAUACUUAAUUAGGUUGACAUAUUUAUCUUCGAAGAGUUCCGAAGGGUAACGCAAGCUAUAGAUUGAUGUGCGUUUGGUACUUGGUAACAUUUUGUGCUGAAAGAUAACGAGGAGGCAAGAGAGACAACUUUGAAGCCAUGAAUCGGUUGUGAACUCCGCGUCUUCGGUAGACACUCUUGGGGCGGCCAGUAGCACGUCGGCCGGGCCUUGACUAGCUAACGCUAGCUGCUAACUAGCUAAUGACUUCGCCCACUGUUAUUCGCUGCAUUGGACAAAACAAACGUGGCGAGUUACUAGUUGCAUGUUGACUGAGGGACGUGUAGCGCGAAAGGGCUGCUGAACAUGGCUCUAUCGAGACUUGAUCGUUUGUUCAUCCUACUUGACACUGGAACAACUCCAGUAACCAGGAAAGCUGCCGCCCAGCAGCUUGGAGAAGUAGUUAAACUCCACCCACAUGAGCUCAAUAGUCUGCUAUCAAAGGUCUUGACCUAUCUAAGGAGUCCCAACUGGGACACUCGUAUUGCCGCAGGCCAAGCCGUAGAGGCCAUUGUAAAAAAUAUUUCAGAGUGGGAUCCAGCUCCAAAGCAGAAAGAAGAGUCCUCUGAAGAUGUAUCACUAGAGGAUCCAGCUUAUGACAGACUGAGUUUCUACCACUUUGACAUUUCCCGUCUACUCAAACAUGGUGCAUCUCUACUGGGUUCUGCUGGCGUGGAGUUUGAAUUACAGGAUGACAAAAUUGGUGAGAUGGAUCCCAAGGAACGUUUGGCCUGCCAGAGAAAACUCCUUCAGAAGAAGUUGGGUCUUGACAUAGGUGCAGCGAUUGGCAUGGACAACACAGAAGAGCUUUUUAAUGAUGAGGACCUGGACUAUACGUGCCAAACCACUGGGCCAAGACCUCACGGAAGCAAAGUCACAGCAGGAUCCAGCUCCCGCAAUCAUGUGCCCAUUCAAGCUGCUGAAUUGAUUGACUCAGAAUUCCGGCCAGGAAUGAGCAAUCGCCAGAAGAAUAAGGCAAAGAGGCUUGCUAAGUUAGUUGCAAAACAACGGUCUAAAGACAUGGAUACAAAUGAAAAAAGCAAUGACAGUUUUGAAGGUGAGCCUGAAGAGAAACGAAGAAAAACCACCAGCGUUGUUGACCAACCAGCCACAGAACACAAAGUUGUAAUUAGCCAAGUUCCAAAUAAUGCCAGUCUAGCAGAGGAGACACAGGAAUGGCCCCUGGAAAGUUUCUGUGAAGAGCUCUGCAAUGACCUCUUUAACCCUUCUUGGGAGAUCCGUCACGGCGCAGGCACUGGUCUUAGAGAAAUUCUCAAGUCCCAUGGUGCUGGAGGUGGCAAACUCAUGGGGAGCACUGCAGAGCAGAUGUUGCAACAGCACGUGGAAUGGAUAGAGGACCUUGUCAUCAGAUUGCUCUGUGUCUUCGCUCUAGACCGCUUUGGAGAUUUUGUAUCUGAUGAGGUAGUGGCACCUGUCCGUGAGACGUGUGCUCAAGCACUUGGUGUAGCCCUUCGCUACAUGAAUGAGACUGGUGUUUCCAUGACAGUAGAUGUUCUGCUGAAGCUGCUCCAAGAAGACCAAUGGGAGGUCCGCCAUGGAGGCCUGCUAGGAAUCAAAUAUGCUCUUGCAGUCCGACAGGACCUGAUCUCCGUUUUACUCCCGCACCUGCUACCAGCCAUCACUGUGGGCCUGCAGGACCUGGAUGAUGAUGUCAGGGCCGUGGCAGCUGCAGCACUCAUUCCUGUGGUGGAGGGCUUAGUGCAGCUACUGCCAAACAAGGUGCCAUUCAUCGUGAACACAUUAUGGGAUGCUCUUUUGGAUCUGGAUGACCUCACUGCUUCCACCAACAGCAUCAUGACACUGCUUUCGUCUUUGCUUACCUACCCACAGGUUCGGCAGUUAAGUAUGCAGCAGUCGUUAACGGUGCUGGUCCCCCGGGUUUGGCCCUUCUUGAGACACACUAUAUCAUCUGUUAGACGGGCAGCACUGGAAACUCUUUUCACACUGCUGUCUAAAGCUGACCAGAAAUGUGCAAUGUGGAUCAACCCCAUCCUACAAGAUAUGCUUCGGCACAUUUUCCAGUCCUGCAUCCUAGAAAGCAAUGAGGAAAUUCUGGAUCUUAUCCAAAAGGUGUGGAUGGAGCUACUCACUCAGGCCCCCCAGCAGUUUGUGGUGUCAGCCAGCUGUCCAUGGAUGGGCGCCUGGCUUUGUCUUAUGAUGCAGGCAUCGCACAUUCCCAUAGACGUCAACAUGCUACUUGAAGUGAAGUCCCGCUCCAAGGAUAAAGGUAGUACAAAGGCACGCCAAGGGACCAACCAGAUAAAGGAAACGGUCCAGGAGUAUAUAGCAGGGGCAGAGACAGUGACAGAUGACCCAGUGUCAAGGGACUAUGUGGUAGUCCGGUCUCGCCUCAUGGCGGCCAAAUUGCUGGGGUCUCUGUGUAGAUGUAUUUGUGACCCUCAGCUCAAUGCUGCAUCUCAGGAGAUCCGUCCAGCUGAGUCUUUAGGCCAGUUGCUGCUGUUUCACCUCAAUUCAAAGUCUGCACUGCAGCGAAUAGCCGUAGCUCUUGUGCUCUGUGAGUGGGCUGCUCUUCAAAAGGAUUGCCAGAUUGUGUCAUCCACGGUGCAGCCUCGUUUGUUGGCCAUCCUAUCAGAGCAGUUAUAUUACGAUGAGAUUGCCAUCCCCUUCACACGCAUGCAGAAUGAGUGCAAGCAGUUCAUCGCCUUACUUUCUGAGGCUCACGUGGACCUUCAAGAUCGCCUCAAUUGUAAUGUUUUCACCAUUGAUCAAGCCAAUGAGCUGUUAACCACCAUCUUCACAGAAUCGACAGCAGGUUUGAACGUUAAAACCAAACAGUGGCAGGUAUUGGAUAACAAAAGACAGCAAGCACAAGCCACAGUACUGGAGACCAGCAAUGAAUGGCAGCAGUUGCACCUGCGCGUCCAAAUGUUCUCCGCCUGUGCAGUGAUCAACCUGAAAGUGCUUCCUGACAAACUCAACCCGCUGGUCCGGCCUCUGAUGGAAGCCAUCAAGCGGGAGGAGAACACUCUUAUUCAGGGUUAUGCUGCGUCUUUCAUUGCCAAGCUGUUGCAGCAGUGUGCCGGACGCUCUCCGUGUCCCAACCCCAAGGUUAUCAAAAACCUUUGUGCCUCAGUCUGUGUGGACUCCUCAGUUACCCCCUCCGCUGCUUGUCCUGUCCCUCCUACACAAGAAAAUACUAAAGGCAGUGGGUUGGAGAAAGAUUGCUUGCAUCACAUGGUUAACAAAACCCGAGGCAUCCUGACUCUUUACCGUCACCAAAGGGCAGCGUUUGCGAUCACCAGUAAAAGGGGCCCUGUUCCGAAAUCCUCAAAGACUCCUUCUACAGAGCUACCUCCAGGCAGCACAGUUGGCAUAGACAAUGAUGAGAGAAAACCAUUUCUUAUUCAGAGGAGAGGGGCAGAGUUCUCCCUAACAACCAUUUCUAAGCAUUUUGGUGCAGACCUCACCAGAUCUCUUUCAUACCUUUGGGAGAACACAGUGGGGCCAUUGAGGACUGUGGUGAAUGAAGGUUAUGUUAUUGAUAGGCAGGUCCAGCUAGACCGGGGUGAUGCUGCUGCUCAGGAACUGGUAAACUCUUUGCAAGUGCUGGAAGUCACGGCUGGAGCUAUGUCUUAUGAGCUUAAACCUCUGCUGCUGCAGCAUCUUCCUCAUCUGUUUACUUGCCUACAGCAUCCGUACACAGCAGUGCGUCACAUGGCAGCUCGGUGUGUGGGCGUACUUAGUAAGAUAUCCAUGCUGGAGACCAUGGAUGGUUUUCUUGAGUGCGUACUACCAUGGUUAGCUGCAAUUGAUGACUGCACCAAACAAGAAGGAGCCAUCGAGGCCUUGGCUUGUAUUAUGGAACAGCUGGAUGUAUAUAUCAUACCCUACAUUGUACUGCUGGUAGUGCCAGUGUUGGGGCGUAUGAGCGAUCCCACUGACAGCAUUCGUUUCAUGGCCACACAGUGCUUUGCUACACUCAUUCGGCUGCUGCCACUUGAGGCAGGAAUACCGGACCCCCCUGCCAUGUCUGCUGACUUGAUCCGGCAGAAGGCCCGAGAACGACACUUCUUGGAGCAACUGUUAGAUGGAAGAAAGCUGGAGAAUUACAACAUCCCCGUGCCCAUAAAAGCAGAGCUGAGGAAGUACCAACAGGACGGUGUGAACUGGUUGUCCUUCCUAAAUAAGUACAAGCUACAUGGCAUCUUGUGUGAUGAUAUGGGCCUUGGAAAAACUCUGCAGUCAAUCUGCAUUUUAGCAGGAGAUCACUACCUCAGGGCUCAAGAACAUGCCAAGACAAAGGCAGCGGACUGCGUCCCACUUUCUUCUCUAGUGGUGUGUCCACCCACACUCACUGGUCACUGGGUUGAUGAGGUGGGCAAGUUUUGUGCCAAAGAGUACCUCAACCCGCUGCACUACACUGGGCCACCUACAGAGCGAAUGCGUUUACAGCAUCAAGUAAAAAAACACAAUCUUGUAGUUGCGUCUUAUGAUGUUGUGCGAAACGACAUUGACUUUUUUAAAAAUAUAAGAUUCAAUUACUGUAUCCUUGAUGAAGGUCAUAUCAUCAAAAAUGGAAAAACUAAACUCUCUAAAGCCAUUAAGCAAUUGGCCGCUAACUUCCGUGUCAUCUUGUCAGGAACUCCAAUUCAAAAUAACGUUUUGGAACUCUGGUCCCUCUUUGACUUCCUCAUGCCGGGCUUCCUGGGAACAGAGCGGCAGUUUGCAGCACGUUAUGGCAAACCUAUUCUGGCCAGUCGUGACGCCAAAAGUUCUUCACGGGAACAAGAGGCUGGUGUCCUGGCCAUGGAGGCACUUCAUCGGCAGGUGUUGCCAUUUCUCUUGAGAAGAAUGAAGGAGGAUGUACUGCAGGACCUCCCUCCCAAAAUAAUUCAGGACUAUUACUGUAGUUUGAGUCCUCUGCAGGUUCAGCUCUACGAGGACUUUGCUAAGUCUCGUGCCAAGGCCAGUGUGGACGACAGCAUCUCGGUUGCAUCUACAGAUGAGGAAAAACCUAAACUGAAGGCCACGGGUCACGUCUUCCAGGCUCUGCAGUACCUGAGAAAGCUUUGCAACCACCCAAGCUUGGUGUUGACCUCACAGCAUCCAGAGUACAAACGAGUCAUUGAGCAGCUAGCAGGCCAAAACUCCAACCUGCGAGACAUUCAGCAUGCUCCCAAACUGUCUGCGCUAAAGCAGUUGCUCCUGGACUGUGGCCUUGGUGGUGGAAGUUCCGAAGGGAGCGCUGAGGUGGUGGUGGCGCAGCAUCGGGUGCUCAUUUUCUGUCAGCUGAAGAGCAUGCUAGAUAUAGUUGAGCAUGACCUGCUGAAACCUAAAAUGCCCAAUGUCACCUACCUGAGGCUGGACGGCACCGUGCCGGCCGGCCUGCGCCACCCUAUUGUCUCAAGGUUUAACAACGACCCCUCUAUUGAUGUGCUUUUGCUGACCACACAUGUUGGUGGCCUUGGCCUGAACCUAACUGGUGCUGACACGGUGGUUUUUGUGGAACAUGACUGGAACCCCAUGCGGGACCUGCAGGCCAUGGAUCGUGCACAUAGGAUAGGCCAGAAACGUGUUGUCAACGUAUACCGGCUCAUCACUCGAGGCACCCUGGAGGAGAAGAUUAUGGGUCUGCAGAAGUUCAAGAUGAACAUCGCCAACACCAUCAUCAGCCAGGAGAAUGCCAGCCUGCAGAGUAUGGGCACAGACCAGCUGCUCAACCUCUUCACGCUGGACAAGGACAACAAAGGUGAAAAAGGAGAACAGUCGACUCCUGGGAAGUCUUCCAUGAAGUCUGUGCUGGACGGUCUGGGAGAGUUAUGGGACCAGCAGCAGUACGACACCGAGUACAACCUGGACAACUUCAUGCACUCCCUGUAGGGACACAACCUCACGUGGUCGUUACCUCAACCACACCACAUCUGCUGGUCAGAAUCAAACAGAACCUGCUAGAACCUCUUGGUGCAUUCAUAGGACGCAGGACUUAAAGUGUCCAUAUUAGUUUGACCUUAUUUUCCCACCAUUGUCCACCUCGUAGAUUUUUAGUCCGCUACGAAACCUAAUAGGAAAGAUUUGAGGACAUAAUGUCAGCAGUGUUACACAACAUGACUUCAUUGCCAUUUCUAGAAGCACAACAAUUAUUGUCUCGCAGAUCUGAAGGUUUAUUUCGGCACACCACAACAUAAUGAGCUCCAUGUUGUCACAAGAGUCUCAUCCACUAGAUGGCGCUACCUUUUUAGUUGUUUCAAAUGGCCCACGAAAAACCAGGCUGAAAUAACUUUCUCCAACUUGUGACAAGUGUUUUAAAAAGAAUGGACAUGUACAUAUUUCUAUAAUGGCUGCUUUUGUUUAUGAAGGUGGAAUUGUAAUAAAUUCUACGUACCUUUUUGAGCUACA